AUGUUUAACGAUCAACCCCGCAAGACUUCGAUCCCCAUUCACUUCCACUUCGCGCACUCCAAGCGCGUCGUUCCAGCGCUGAAAGACGCGACUCGUGCCGUGUCUACGCCGCUCCGGUCGAAAAAGCGACCCGCUUCUAUUCUCGUUCCCCAAGACACACCUGAUCAUCGAAGACUUCCGACCGCAGUGCAACCCCAGUGGACCACUGUCGAGAUCUCGAAUUUUGCACCCCGAACACGAAAGUCAGACGUCCUAAACCUUCUCGGAGGUUACGACAUCUCACCUCCGGUCGAAUUCCCAGCUACGCCGCGCUUCACACGCCCGUUCCGCGUGACAGUCAUGGUCUCCGGUGUAGAGGAAGCGAGGAGAAUGGUGAAGGAGUUGAACGGAACACAGGUCGGUGGCCGGAACAUCUCUGUUAGGAUGACAAACAUGACGGAGGAGGAACGUAUGGAAUACCAAAUCCAAGACAUGGCGGACCAAAUCAAGACUGGCAUCAUCAAUACUGCACAUGUGUAUCAUCCGGAUCUCGCCGACUCAAUUCUUGAAGUGCGGGAAUUAGUCCAGGACGAAAAUCAUUGUGCGUUCCUUCAGAAACGCACUCCGGUCACAGUCCACAGCAGCCCAAAAGCACACGCUUUGGAAACGCAAAACAAAGCAAAGUGGGAGUUAGUAGCCGCCUCCGCAGCUGGGCUUGAGACAGGAGACAGCAAAGUGAUCCUGCGGCUCGAAGCACUCAAAGGCUUGCAGGACAGUCUAGAGACGCAGGGUGUGUUGGAGAAGAUCUGGGACGAGUGGAGCGGGAGCUCACUCUUGGCGGAAGAUGUCAGCUAA